UGUCCCUGCUCUCUCAGUUACUGAAAGUGGCCGCCUCUCUGCUGCUACCGACUCACGGUCUCUCUCCUCGCUCACAACCGCCAUUUUGGAGACAGAGAGCUGCGAGUCGGCUGCAACAGAGACAGAGCAAAAACGGCGGACACGGGGACAAGGUUUAUCAUUUGUGUGACACUGAAUGUUAAAAUUGUGAAAUAUGAAGUCUCACUCUCCAAAGUGAUCGCCGUUUCAGGCUCUUUUAACCUCUGCCUAUGGCCUCAGAGCAGGAUGGCGUGGGAGACGCCACUUGCUCAAAGUUGGCCAAACCACUUCACCUGCAGUACCUUGAACGAUCCCUCCGCCUAGACACCUUUCUAAGGCAGACUGCUGCUGUUUUUAACCAGAACAUUUCCAGCGAUGACAGCGAUGAUGGUUUGGGCGAGGGGUCUUCUCUGGCCUCAUCUAACCCACUGCUGGCAGUGAAAGAAGAUCACGUCAACCUUGAGGACGAGACCAAGGACUCCUGCAGAGAUGGAGAGACGGAGUGUGGCACUCUCAACGGAGCUGUGCUGCAAGAGCACAAAAGUGACAAGGCCAGUCUGUAUAACUUCUCGAAACUGAAGAAAUGCAGGAAAUGGAUGAAGGGCAUCUUGCUGAGCGAUGACACCACAGAUUCAGAUACUGACUCGGAUGAUUCUGACUUUACAAUGUCACGGGAAGAGCUCCAGGACAUGCUGCGCCUGCACAAGUUUACCAAACUCCACCAGAGCAAGUUCCACUCUGACAGAGAGCUGCAGCACUAUCAACACUACAGCACAGGCCUCCUGUCUACUCACGAUCCUUUCUACGAGCAGCAGCGCCACCUACUGGGCCUCAAGAAGAAGAAAAUCAAGGAAGAGAAGAAAUGUAAGGCCAAGUUAAAAAAGAUGAAAAAGAAGAAGAAACGGGGAGAGGACUUCUCCAUGGAGGGUCGGGCGCACAUUACUAAAAUUUUUGCUAAGUUUUCCCAUGAUGCACCUCUUCCCAUGAUCAAAAAGAAGCACUUAACUAUCGAGCAGCUCAAUGCUCGUAGACGAAAAGUCUGGCUCACGAUUGCCAAAAAAGAAAUCCCAAAGGCGUUUAAACAGAAAGUCUCGGCAAGGAACUUUGUUUUAACCAAUGCCAGAAAGUUGGCCCACCAGUGUAUGCGUGAGGUCCGGAGGGCUGCAAUCCAGGCGCAGAAGAACUGCAAAGAGACUUUACCACGGGCCCGCCGCCUCACCAAAGAGAUGCUACUGUACUGGAAGAAGUAUGAGAAGGUGGAGAAGGAGCACCGCAAACGCGCUGAGAAAGAGGCUCUCGAGCAACGCAAACUGGAUGAGGAGAUGCGGGAGGCUAAGCGUCAGCAGAGGAAGCUGAACUUCCUGAUCACCCAGACAGAGCUGUACGCUCACUUCAUGGGGGGCAAGCAGAACGCUGGGGGAGACGGCACACAGGAGGAGAUCCUGCGCAAGCUUGAGGACAACACCUCCCAGCGGCAGAUCGACAUCGGUGGAGGGGUUAUGGUCAAUGUCGGCCAGGAAGACUAUGAUAGUGAAUAUUACAAGUCUCAGGCUCUUAAAAAUGCAAAAGAGGCAUACCAGAUCCACCAGGCUAGAACCAGGUUGUUUGACGAGGAAGCAAAAGACAGUCGCUGUGCCUCUCUGCAUGCGGCUAGCAUGUCUGGCUCUGGCUUCGGCGAGAGCUACAGCUUAUCAAACCCAUCUAUUCAAGCAGGUGAAGACAUUCCUCAGCCCACCAUGUUCAAUGGGAAACUUAAGGGAUACCAGCUCAAAGGCAUGAACUGGCUGGCCAAUCUUUAUGAACAGGGUAUUAAUGGCAUUCUGGCAGAUGAGAUGGGGCUUGGAAAGACUGUCCAGAGCAUUGCUUUACUGGCUCAUCUAGCAGAGAGGGAAAACAUCUGGGGACCCUUCUUGAUCAUCUCCCCUGCCUCAACACUCAACAACUGGCAUCAGGAGUUCUCCCGCUUUGUCCCCAAAUUCAAGGUGUUACCGUACUGGGGGAACCCUCAUGAUCGUAAAGUUAUUAGAAAAUUUUGGAGCCAGAAAACUCUUUAUACCCAGAAUGCACCAUUUCAUGUGGUCAUCACCAGUUAUCAGCUGGUGGUGCAGGAUGUGAAGUAUUUCCAGAGGGUGAAAUGGCAGUAUAUGGUUCUGGAUGAGGCCCAGGCACUGAAAAGCAGCACCAGCGUCCGAUGGAAGAUUCUCCUUCAAUUCCAGUGCAGGAACCGCCUCCUGCUAACAGGGACACCAAUCCAGAACACGAUGGCAGAGUUGUGGGCCCUGCUUCACUUCAUCAUGCCGACUCUGUUUGACUCUCACGAUGAGUUCAACGAGUGGUUUUCCAAGGACAUCGAGAGUCAUGCUGAGAACAAAUCUGCUAUUGAUGAAAACCAGCUGUCCAGAUUGCACAUGAUCCUAAAACCCUUUAUGCUGCGCAGAAUAAAGAAGGAUGUGGAGAAUGAGCUUUCUGACAAGAUUGAAAUCCUGACAUACUGCCAGCUGACCAGCAGACAGCGGCUGCUCUACCAGGCCCUGAAGAACAAGAUCUCCAUCGAGGACCUGCUGCAGUCAUCAAUGGGCACAGCCCAGCAGUCCCACAGCACCACCAGCAGCCUCAUGAACCUGGUCAUGCAGUUCAGGAAGGUUUGUAACCACCCAGACCUGUUUGAGCGUCAGGAAAUACGCUCGCCUUUCCACAUGUCCCUGAAGCCCUUCAUCAUGUCCAAGUUCCUCUUCCGACACGCCAUCCUCCGCACUUCUGACCUCGGAAAGACUAAGCUGAAGCAGACUCUGCUCUCUCCAUUCUCUGCACAACACAUUCAACAGUCCUUGUUUCACAGAAAAACUGAUGAUGAAGGCAGCAGCUUUUCCUUCCUGCGUUUCAUCGAUGUGUCUCCUGCUGAGAUGUCCAACAUCAUGCUUCAGGGAACUCUAGUGAAGUGGUUAGCCCUAUAUCUGUCCUUUAAAUCAGCAUACCGGCUCCACCACAGCCGUCUAUGGGAUGUAGAGGAGAAGCAGGAGAAUGAGGCUAAAGGGAGAGCCCGGUUACACAAGCUGUGUCUUUCACGCAGAGAUCUCAUUCUGUGGCUCAACAAGCCAACAUCUUUCCCAAAUGUCCACAGCAGUCCUGUUCUACAAGAUUUAGUGUUCACGUCUACAGGGUCUUCGCCCAUCUGUCACACCGACGUGGUGAUCCACAGCAGACGCUCAUCCACUAAAACCUUCAGACCAUGCCGGCCUACCCAACCACCCAAGUUUUUACUCACUGUCACACCCAGGGUGACUUCAGUUCCCAUGGAACGCUACUGUGCGGAUCGCAGUGCCGAGUAUGAAUGGAGGUUAAUACGCGAUGGAGGGAGUCUCAUUGCUAAGCAGUGCUUCCUGUAUGGAUCCCCCGAGCUGGCUUGCGCCUGGGCUCAGCGCUCUCAGGCCUUCCUCCCGCAGAGCCCAGGGGGCAUCAUGGCCCUGCAGCAAAGACAUGGCUGGUCCUUCAUAAGGAUUCCAGACAAAGAGUCUCUGAUAACAGACAGCGGGAAGCUUCACACUCUAGACCUGCUUCUGACUCGACUGAAGUCUCAGGGCCACCGAGUCCUCAUCUAUUCUCAGAUGACCCGCAUGAUAGACCUUUUAGAGGAGUACAUGGUGUACCGCAAGCAUACUUACAUGAGACUGGAUGGUUCAUCCAAGAUUUCGGAGCGGCGGGACAUGGUGGCUGACUUCCAGAGCCGGACGGAUAUUUUUGUCUUCCUCCUCAGUACCAGAGCCGGAGGCCUGGGGAUCAACCUGACAGCUGCAGACACGGUGAUCUUCUACGACAGUGACUGGAACCCCACAGUUGACCAGCAGGCCAUGGAUCGAGCCCACAGACUAGGACAAACCAAGCAGGUCACAGUCUAUCGGCUUAUUUGCAAAGGAACAAUUGAGGAGCGCAUCCUACAGAGAGCCAAAGAAAAGAGUGAGAUUCAGAGGAUGGUAAUAUCAGGAGGAAAUUUUAAACCUGACACUCUGAAACCCAAAGAGGUGGUCAGCUUGCUGCUGGAUGAUGAGGAGCUUGAGAAAAAGUUGCGCUUUCGGCAGGAAGAGAAACGGCAGCUGGAGGAGAGCAGUAAGGUGAAAGAGCGGAAGAGGAAGAGGGAGAAGUAUGCAGAAAGGAAGAGAAAGGAGGAUGACCCAGACGCUAAAAGGAAGAAGGAGGGUGUGAAUAUGGUCAUCCCAUAUGUCCCGUCUGCAGACAACUCCAAUCUGUCUGCAGAUGGAGAAGACUCAUUCAUCAGUGUGGACAUGGACUCUGCCAUGCCCAGCCCCUUUAGUGAGAUCUCAUUGAGCAGUGAGCUCCAGCCCAGCUCCAUUCCUGCAGAUGAAAGUAGCAGCGACAUGCUGGUAAUUGUGGACGAACCUGUGUCUUCUGCUCCGCAGUCCCGUGCCACCAACUCUCCUGCCUCCAUCGCCGGCUCUGUGUCUGACACCAUGAAUGGUGUCUCCUCCCAAGAUCUAUCCAGUCCAGGCAGGGGAAGGUCCGGUCGGAGUCGAGGACGACCCAAAGGCUCUGGAGGAGCAGGCAAGUCUUCUGUGAGGAAGGGAAGAGGACGGAAGUCCACCGCAGGCAGUGCUGCAGCCAUGGCUGGAGCGAUGGCAGGGGCCGCAGCUGCUUCUGCAGCUGCUUAUGCUGCAUACGGCUACAGUGUGUCCAAAGGUAUUCCAGCAACUGGCUCCAUACAGCCGGCUCUCAUUCGGUCUUCAACCACACCUGCCUUUGUUCCAGCUGGCACCUCCUCCCCACAGGCUAAAGGAAGCGCUGUGACCACCAACUCACAGACUUCAGCACAUGGCAGUUCACAAAGCCAACACAAUCCCACUAAAAGAAGCAAAGUACCCAGCAACCACAGUGGGCGGUAGCAGCUUGUGAACCCUUGCUUUUUGAUUGUAGCAUGGCCAGUACAUUUUCAGUCCCAGGUUGACGGUUUUCACGCUUAUGAUGUCGAGCUGCUGUCACACCACAAGCCCUACUGUCACUGUCAACCCAACGUGAUGCCCACACCCAACUUAGCAUCUAUUUUGGUGGCUGGUGAGCACUUCCCUAAAAGCAAAAAUUAGUCAUUGAGAAUUUGAUCUUCAGGAUAUGAAAUUUAGCUCAUUGAUCCUUAAUUCAGAAAAUAGCUGUUGUAAGGAAGACCAAGGGUUUGUUUUUCUUAAAACUCCAUCUAACAGCUCUUUUUUUUUUCUGAUGACCAUGUAAGCAAAGGGCAGCAUGAAGGAAAGAGUUUUCUUCAUCUUCUGGCACAUCAGGAGAUGUUUGGCAUCAUUAUCAGCAGAGUUGAGUUGAAAUGGGAACGGGGAGGGAUGUUGGUUAUUAAACACCCUCUUGAACAAAGUCUUUACCUGAACAAAUAAGACUGCUUUUGUAAGAUCGCUUAUUUUUGUAGGACAGACUUGUUGACAUUUGUUCAAUUUAAAUACCGAAUGGCCUUCUCUUUCUAUGUUUAUUUGCUGCAAAUUCAAAGAUAUUGGCUUAAAUACUAAUAUAUAUUUUCUCUUGGGAAGAAUAAUCAAUGUUUUUUGUAGUAAAUGCAAUGGAAAAAAAUGUCUGAUGUGAGUGCUGCUCGAAAAACAUGUCACUGCUCAUAUUGUGACUUAAAAUACUUGGAUGUGAAAUGUAUCAUAGCUUAAGUUAAAACUUGGUAAUUUAUGAUGAUCUGUGCUAGUUGUAAAUUGUAUCGAAGCUGUUUUAUUUUUAAAUAACAUGAUGAAAAGUCCAUUGUUUUGUUGCAUCUGUGACAAAUGGCUGUGGUUUUUGAGGAAGGCCAUUUUUGGGUUUAUUUUGUCUUUAAAUGUGAUGAUAAAUGUUCUAUGUAUGUAAAUACUUUAAGGGUAUCAUCCCUAUUCAGAGUUAUCCAUUUUCCCCCAGUUGCUUGUCUAUUUUUAUAGGUCAGUGUAAAUACCUAAAGAAAAAACCCGAAUGGUCCUUUUACUAACUUGGAGAAAAUACUGAAAUAAACAUUGAUUCAAUGAUUUGAA